UUAUCCAAUUUCAGCUGACCAAACAGGCCCUUUAUCUGCUUGCAGUGAACCAUAACAGAGAGAGAGAGCCGAGGAACCCCAGAACACAAUUCAGUGUUCUUCGCAUCAAUUUCAGUUGAAAACAAACCCAAUUAAUCAAGAAAAAUGGCGUUGAAAACCCUGAUUCAAUUCCCAAUAUUCGCUCCACCAAACCCAACCACCCACCACCACCACCACCACCGUCCCGCCACCGAAGUCCGGUUCUCGCGGUGGAACAACGCCAACGCCCAGAAAUUCAUCCGCCAAGACCGCACCCAACAAGAUAUAGAAGACGAACUCCGCCGCCUCAAACGCUUCAACUCCGCCGACAAAAUCAUCACCACCACCACCACCACCGCCACCACCGACACCUUCAGGUCCACCGGAACACCCUCCACCCCCUCUCUCCCUUCCAUUCCCGGCAAAUCCUCAAAGUAUUCCAAAAACCCUAGACAAACGACCCACCCUGCAUUUCGCCCCAUUUCAAGGGUCGUCAAUGUUCCUACCGAAUCCCAAAAGGCCGAAACCGGCGUCAAAGUCAGCGACGACGGCGUUUCCUAUGUUCUCCCCAAUGCUCCCUUUGCAUUUCAGUAUAGCUACACUGAGACUCCAAAGGCCAAGCCUUUGAAACUCCGUGAGCCCCCAAUUGCUCCCUUUGGCCCUUCCACGAUUCCCAGGCCCUGGACCGGCCGGAAGCCGCUUCCGCCCUCCAAGAAGAAGCUGGAAUUCGAUUCAUUUCGGCUUCCGCCUCCUCACAAGAAGGGGGUCAAGCCGGUGCAGUCGCCCGGGCCGUUCUUGCCUGGGUCUGGUCCUAAGUAUGUGAAGUCAAGGGAGCAGAUAUUGGGGGAGCCUCUGACCAAGGAGGAGAUUGAUGAUCUGGUGAAGGGGUGUAUGAAAUCUUCAAGGCAAUUGAAUAUGGGAAGAGAUGGCUUGACACACAACAUGUUGGAUAACAUCCAUGCACUUUGGAAGCGGAAGAGGGUGUGCAAGAUAAAAUGUAAAGGUGUUUGCACAGUGGACAUGCGCAAUGUGCACCAACAAUUAGAGGAGAAAACAGGAGGGAAAAUCAUAUAUAGUAGAGGAGGGGUGAUAUACCUUUUUCGUGGUAGAAAUUACAACUAUAAAACUCGGCCUCUCUUUCCUCUUAUGUUGUGGAAACCAGUUACCCCUGUAUACCCAAGGUUGAUUCAAAGGGCCCCAGAGGGCCUGACAUUGGAGGAAGCAAGUGAAAUGCGCAAGAAGGGGCGCUCACUAACACCAAUAUGCAAGCUUGGGAAAAAUGGUGUUUAUUGUGACCUGGUAAAAAAUGUCAGAGAGGCAUUUGAAGCAUGUGAGUUGGUGCGAAUUAAUUGUCAAGGAAUGAAUGGAAGUGACUACCGUAAAAUAGGUGCCAAACUCAAGGAUCUUGUCCCAUGUGUGCUAAUCUCAUUUGAACGUGAACACAUACUUAUGUGGAGAGGAAGAGAUUGGAAGUCAUCCUUCCCAAAGCUGGUAGAUGAUUCCGAUGCUAAGAAUUCAGAAAUCGACAGUGCAAUUCCUAUUGCAUCACAUUUAGAAGGCCAAGUAGUAACUGCAUUGUCUAUUCCAAAAUCAGGAGAGCUUACUAGUCUCGCAACACUCGGCACAAGCACUUCUCCCAUGUGUAGUGAAGAUGUGCUGAUAGAGGAACAUGAUGGUGCAAGCACAGAGGCUGAGGAUCAAUUACCUGAAGUAAAUGAUAUGUCAUCUCUAGUUUCUGAUUCAGUUACAAACACAAGUCACAUUUAUGGAAGUGAAAUCCCAACAACACUAACUGAACCUUCGAUUGAAAGCCAUGCAUCACAUAGUGCAGGCUCCGAUAAUGAUGAGUCAACAGGAUCUGACAUCAGCAUUGAAAGCGUUAGCAGCAGUGAAAAUCAGCUAAACCAUUUGUCUGUGGAUCCUGUAACUUGUAGCAAGCUGCAAGAAACAUCAGAAAUGGUGCCAAAUCUCAGUGACUUGACAAGUUUGAGUUCACCUUGGACAGAGGGUGUUCAAGCUGUAACUUGUAGCAAGCUGCAAGAAACAUCAGAAAUGGUGCCAAAUCUCAGUGACUUGACAAGUUUGAGUUCACCUUGGACAGAGGGUGUUCUAGUCCUCUGGAAGGAAGCUAUCGAGAGCGGGACUGCAAUUGUUGUGGAUGAUUCUAGUCUUGAUUCUGAUAUUGUUUAUAGGAAGGCAGUGGCACUUGCCAAGUCCGCUCCACCUGGGCCUGUUUUUAGGCACAGACGCAGGAAGGUGGUAGUUCAGAAAUUUGAGAAGCAAAAAACUGAAGAUUCGGAGGUUAAAGAAGUUGUGAUUGUUGUGGAGAGAAGAGGAAGUGAGACGAAGAGUUCUACAAAUCACAGAGUGAAGGAUGCAAAAAAAGAUUUUCUAGGUGUGGUUCCAAAAGGGAGCCUGAGAGUGGAUGAACUUGCUAAGCUACUAGCUUAGUGCUUGUACUCAAAACUUCUUAAUAGAUGAAUUUAUCAAUUGCUUUUGUAGGUUCACUAUCAUGUUUGCAACCUCUGAAUUCUCUUAUUAACAUUGUACAUUAUCAUAAUUUUGUCUCACUAAGUGUAGGUAUGAAUUUAUCUAUUUUCUUCCCA